AUGGCGAAGAAGAUUCAAAUGAUUGGCGCCUAUACUUGGCCGUUGAUGGCCACUAUUCAAAGCUGUAAAUGUUUGAGGGUUGUUUUCAAGAAUGACACUCAAUACCCACAAGUGCCGAUCUUCCCACAGGGUUUCUCCCAUCACCGAGUGUUGACCGCUGACCCGAACCAGCAGAAUCACUUGCCAGUGCCACCACCGGGAAUUAAUCCGAUAAUGUUGCAAAUGCAAAUGUUCGGAAAUGCCCAUUUGAAUCACCCAGCGUACCGUCAGGGUCCCAUGGUGCAGCAAACGCGAAACGGAUCGCUGAUGGCAAUGGGAAACGCUCCAGGGAUGAUGCAAGCUGUCGGAAAUGUGUCAAUUGGCCAAACUCCAGUUGGGGUGAAUUUUCAAAACCCAGCUGUUUACGAAGGACCACCAAGGAAACGUCAAAGAGCCAAUGAUCGAGUGAUGCAUUCAUUCUCGAUCUCGAAAUUUUUGCCACAAAUCCCGAUGCUUUGCUCUUUAGACUUGAAAGCGAGAACCCUUGACCAAUUGCGGCUCGCCAUUGAAACUUUGAAUGCGAAAGUUUUCGGUCACUUUUCUACAGAUCCACCACCCUCGUGGCCAAUUUAUCGUUACUUAAAUGAGAAAAUUGAUCAACAACUGUCAAAUUGCCGCUCGAUCUCGAUUUGUGGCCCGUUGGAGCUCUACUAUGAGAAACUCUCAAGGUCAACGAUUCAAAAUAUCAAAUUGCACUCUUGUGAGUACUCGACUUUUCAGAUGACCGUUUUAAAAGUCCUUCAAAGCAAAAUCCCCAGUUUGUCUUCAACGGCACAAAUUGUAAUCACCGUUUGUGGAGCUCAAAUCAAUGAAUUUGAAGAAAUCGACGAGAUGGUCAAUAAUCAGUUGGGGCUUUUGAAAAUAUCAAUUCAUUCAUGGGAAGCUUUAAGAAUUUUGGAGACUCUGGACCGAGAAAAGGAAAUCACAAGGCUUCGUUGCUACAAAAAUCAAAUCGAAAGCGGGAGAACUUGCUAUUUCUCGUUGAAACUCUCCUUCGAAAGCAUCUACCAGUCGAAUCUCGAAUUUUCCGCUCUUUCUUGC